GUUUAGUUGUCUUGUCUACGUCAUCUUAUUUCCCUAGGUAAAUGAGAAUCCUGGUUUCUGACGCCCUAGGUAACUGAAAAAUUCUGGUUUCUGAUCCUCUGAGUAACUAGAAACUCUGGGUUUUUAUGUUCUGGGUUGUUGGAAGUGCCUGGGUUCUGAUUUUAUGUGUAAAUUAAAACCCCUGGUUUCAAUUCUAUGAGUAAGUGAAAUAGCCCUUUUCUGGAACAUAAGAGUAAGGUAGAUCUUUUUUAACCCUAUUGGUAGUGAGAUCAUAGUCUUCUUGAAACAUAUGGGAUAUUUGCUGUGUAAAUACAGUAUAAAUACUGGAGCUUAAGCUCAGGGUAUCAGAUCACUUCUGAGAAUUCUCAUCGGUGUGGAUCUCGUGUGGUGGAAUGAAACAAUAAAGCUGGACCCUUGCUUCUUCUCACUCACGGCUGGUGUAUUUUUUCUAUCUCCAACUGGUCUCAGAGGUAGAUGUUGAUGAUUAUCCAGCCUCUGCAGUCGGCUCAUUAAGAUUACACAGAGUAAGCAGAGGAGGGAGCGGCUCACCUCAUCAUUCGGGAGCGUUUGACCCUCUGGCGAUCGGCUGUUUACACACCAGAGCAACAGAGAAUGUUAAACCUUUGGUGGAAAAUCUCCAGUUUAAAUGAACCCUGACAUGCUGAUACAUGCGCCCAGAGCUGCUUUAAUUAAACCAUGAUCUUAUUGUGUAUUUAUUUCCUGACUUAACAUAGUGAAUGAAGGAUUUUUAUUUUGGUUUUUUUUCCCCUGUAUUUUUUGGCAUGCCUCAGAACCUUUUUUUUUAAGUUGGUGUAAAUUUUUUUUACUCGGAGACUUUCAGAUCUUGGAUUAUGUGAAAAUGAUCUACAUGGCAUCCAGGAAGCUUCGUGCUCUGAUGGUGAUCUUGUGCCUCGUUUCUUUGGUCACGUUUUUAUUGAGCGAUCCCUCGUUUCCCUUCAGCCCGUUUCAGAACAGCAUUCAAGGGCCGUGCGGGUGCCGUCCCUGUAUUUGGGACCCCGAGGAGGUGGAUCCGUGGUUCAGCGAGAGGUUUAACCAGUCCAUUCAUCCCCUGCUGUCCAGCUCGAACAGCAAUCUCAGUGAAGAAACCUACAAGUGGUGGCUGUGGCUUCAGGCCGAGACCAACCCAUCCAACCUGACUACAGUGAUCGACAGGUUAUUUCAGGUUGUCCCUGGAGAACAGCACUACAUGGAUGCUGGAGCUUCCCGAUGCCGUUCAUGCUCCGUGGUGGGAAACUCUGGGAAUCUCCUCUCAUCCCAUUACGGUGAGCUGAUCGACUCCAGCGACUUCGUCUUCCGGAUAAACCUGGCUAUGACGCAGGGUUUUGAGCGUGAUGUGGGUUCCAAGACCACACACCAUGUGAUGUAUCCCGAAAGUGCCAUGGACCUACAGAACUCCAGCACCAGCCUGCUGCUCAUCCCGUUUAAAAUCCUCGACCUGGAGUGGCUCGCCAGCGCUCUGACCUCCGGACACAUCGACUACACCUACAUGCCGGUCAGUCCACGUAUCCAAGCUAACAGACACAAAGUGUUGGUGUAUAACCCCUCGUUUAUGAAGUAUGUGUAUGAAGUGUGGUUGGAGAAUCACGGCAGAUAUCCAUCGACCGGUUUCCUCAGCCUCAUGUUCGCUCUGCACAUCUGUGAUCAGGUGAACGUUUUCGGCUUCGGUGCCGAUCAGGCGGGGAACUGGCACCACUACUGGGAGGAGAACUUGUAUAGCGACGCGUUCAAGGAGACGGGCGUCCACGACGCAGACUUCGAGUACAACAUCACACAGACGCUCGCUCAGAAAGGCAAAAUCAGAAUGUAUAAAGGCGUCUAGUCUUCGUCCAGCCGGGACGAGCGGUUACAGAUACACGAGAAACGACCGUGAGAAUGCACUCCAUUCAGCACACAGUUUAUUUACACAAAGUGGCCUACAAGUGAAACAGGAAGUGAUCUGAGCACACGAGCGUGAAGGGUUUUACUCAGCAGUCACGAAGCGACUCUCUGGCAGCGAUGAGAUUCGAGCUCACAACCUUCUGGGCACUAGCAAAUACUCUGCUGAGCUAACACUGUCGCUUAUUUCAUGGUAGGCCCUGUUCAUUUUUUCUCGCUUACUUCCUGGUUCUCGGAUUCUGAACGCGCUGGAACGCAGCUUUAUAUGUCAGACUGUUGGACUGCACCAGACUUUUCGAGAGGGAUCUAAUUAUAUUUUAGCUCUUAGUAUAGUAUAGUAUAGUAUGUGUAAUCCAAUCAGUUUAACUCAUUUUAACAACUUCCUGUUUCGCAGAUUUGAGUUUAUUCAUUUUGAGUCUCUUCUUGGUUCUCUGUAACUCUGUUUUAUCUAUCAUUAAUGAAAUCCCCAACUGUCUGGGUUUGAGUUUUUUCACUUUUAAUUUAACGACGUCCUGGUUCUCUGGAUGUGUGUGAAUCAGAACGUGUUGGAACACUGCUUUUAUAUGGAACAUUCCAGACUGUCAGAGAGAGAGAGAGAGAGAGAGAGAUCUGAACUGGAUUUGGCUCUUAGUAUGCUCCUGGUUCUCUGCAAUUCAGUUCAGCUUUAUUCAGCAUUUUUUUAUUCAGCUCUUGGUACACAGGUUUUAUGUUUCUAGUCUCAGGUAUUAAGUAAUUUAGGUAUUAACUAGUCUCAGCCUCAGAGGCUCCACGCAUGUCCUGCAGGCAGGUUUGGGGAGUGACGGAGUACGUGUAACGGCGUUACGUAAUCAGGAUACAAAACACAGGUAGCUGUAAUCCGUUACAGUUACGUCAACAAACGAAAUGAUCAGAUUACAGGUACAUUUUGUAAACAAUGGGAAUGUUAUCAGGAUUCUUUUUUUUUUUUCAUUUAAAAGCAAAGAAAUGAAUCUGUUUUCAGAACACAAUACAGACAGCUGUUUGACUAUAGUUCUGGUUCUCUCUCGCCAGUCGUGACUCACAUGAGAAACCUCCUGGAGCGGGCGCUAAUACAUUUUGCACAGAGUUAAUUUGGUAGAAAUGAACACACUGUUCUCUGAAAUGUUUCUGUCAGGGUGACCUUACGUCCUCGUGUCUAAAUGUGACAAAAUGUCCGGGAUUCAGCUUUAUUUUCGUUAUGAUGUGUUUAUGGUCUAAUACUGCAGGAUGUGUGCGCAUGUUUGCGUUACUUUGACUCCUCUCUGUAAGUCCCGCCUCCUCGCACACCGAUUGGUCGAUUAUAAAAGACAAAUGUUUGCUUGUAUCUUUCUCAUUUGUAAGUCGCUUUGGAUAAAAGCGUCUGCUAAGUGAAUAAAUGUAAUGUAAUGUAAAUAUUGGCCAAAUUCCUGCCUCUCGGCAGUUAACCUCCUCUCAGAGAACGCGUGACAGUGAAGCGCUGUUGUGUACGGCGUCAAACAGUUACUUUACAACAGCAGCAAAUAACAUCUGUCCUGAGUCGAAACAACACCCACGACCAUAUAAGGUCAUUUUUAAUUUCUUGUUAUCACAUUGCUUCGUAUUGCAUCAUCAUUCAAAUGUGUAAAUGGUGGCAGAAGGUACACUCGUGGCAUCUGAGAUUUCAUUUUAUUCCACGGACAUUCCAUAGACUGCAGGAAUUUUUUAUAUAUAUAUAUAUAUAUAUAUGGAAGGUGUCCUCUUUUUGGAAAACCAGAAUAUGGUCACCCUAACUGUUGUGACAUAAUGUUACCCGCAUCAAGGACGGUGAUCUUUUAUUUAUUUAUUUAUUUAUUUAUUUAUUUGUU